AUGGAAGUGCCAAAGGGAAUCCAGGACAAAAGUGGAGGAGGGGGUAUCAUUAGAGAUGAAAAUGGUUUAAUGAAAGUUGCAUAUGGAAAAUCAUUUGGAAUAAAUACCAAUAGUUUGGCAGAAUAUCUAGCUUUGGAGCUUGGUCUAGAAUGGUGUGUUACAAAUGGAGUUACUGAUCUAGAGGUUGAAUUUUACUCCAAACUAUUAGGGGAAUGGAUACACAACUCAAGCACUCCACCUUGGAACAUUUGGAACUCUGUUGGAAGAAUCAAGGCGCUGUUGAAUAAUCAAGUGCUUAGCUGGAAUGCACAUCACUGUGUUAGAGAAGUGAAUAAGGUGGCCGAUGGUCUUGCUAAUUGGGGAAUGCAAUUCAGAGAUACAAAUUGUGAUCCCUUAUUUUUGGCUUUGAACUCAACAUAA